GCGUUUGGUUUUCGAGAAAGUGCGGGUCGAGAAAAUUUUCAAAACUUUAUUUUCUCGAGAAAAAGAAAAAACCCUAACCUCCCAAUGACCCGUCAAAGUAGUGGGAGUCCUCUCUCACAGUCUUGACGCCGUCGCUGCAUCUCCCGGCGAUCAAAUGCAGUCUAAAUCGGCGAGAGAAUUCCACCACUCCCAAGAUCGGAACUUCCACUGUCCGUUGACCCUGGAAUGGAGCAAUACGACCUGCAUGGACAGAGACGGGAUAUGAAGCACAAAGGAAGGAACGUAGUAUGGUCAAUUGCAAUGGACAAGUGCCUUAUUGAAUCCCUUGCUAUUCAGGCUAAAAACGGCAACAAAAUUGACAAAUGUUUUAAUGAAAAUGCUUACACUGCCGCUUGUAUUGCUGUGAACUCCCAUUUUAACUUGAACUUGAAUAAUCAAAAAGUUGUUAAUCGACUUAAGACAAUUAAGAAGAGGUAUAAGAUAAUAAAGGAUAUGCUAAGUCAAGACGGAUUCAGGUGGAAUCCUAACGCAAAGAUGAUUGAGUGUGACAACGAUGAUCUUUGGAAGAGAUACAUUGCAGCACACCCUGAUGCAAGAGGAUUUCGAAGCAAACAGAUAGAGAUGUAUGAUGAACUAAAAAUUGUUUGUGGAAAUUAUCAAGCCCCUAGUCGUUGGGCUAAGAUGAAGGAUGGAGGCCAUCCAACAGAUUCAAGGAAUUGUGAUGAUGGCUCUGCUUCAUGUCUUUCCCCAAGUUCAGAAGACCAAAGCGAGACAGAUGGAACAGAGUCAUAUUCGGGAACACCAGAGUAUGCCCAGAUGCCAGAUGGUACUCAAGAUCCUCCCCUGAUACCGCCUCUCAGACAGCUCCCUAAACGGCCUCGUGGGUCAGAGGCUCUCCAGGAUGCAAUGUUGGCAGUGGCAUCAAGCAUUCGGCGCUUGGCUGAUGCGAUGGAGCGAAGCAAAUGCUCAAUUGAUGCCCAUGAGCUACUAGAGGCUGUAAUGGAGAUUGAUGGCUUGGAAGAGGCUAAACAGAUGUAUGCUUUUGAGUAUUUGAAUGCUGACCCUGUCAAAGCCAGAGCCUUCUUGACAUACAAUGCUCGAAUGAGGAAGAUAUAUUUGUUUCGACAGUUCUGGUGGUGGAAGUGAAUGCAGGCAGGGCCCUGUCUCACGGCUUUUUCGGGUGUAUAGUUAUGAUAUUGUGGGUGUUUUCUGGAUAUUUGCACAUUAUUUGAACCAUCCUUGUUUGGUGUUUUGUUAGGUGAAUGUAUAGAUAUUAGAUAUUCACAGGGUACAUUAUUUUAAGGGCAGGGUAGAAUUACUCGUGAAUAUAACUGGCUUGAAGCAUGGAUUGGGAAGACAUUUUCUGGCUUCCUUGAUGCCUCUUUUGGAAGUGAAGCGAGCAGUAGGUUUAAGAAGUUUCCUUUUCUUACUUCUACGUCUGGAAGAGUGCUUGUGCUUUUCUAAACUCUAGUGGAUUUUUCUAUUUCAGCCUUCAAUGGGUUUGGGCUGUGCUUUCUUCACAUUUGUUAUGCUUUUUCGGCUUCUUUAUGACCAUGUUAAGGGAUUUGGAUUCAGCAA